AACCUCUAACAGAGAGAGAGAGAAGGAUGGCAGGUGAAAGCAAUGGAAGCGCAGAAAAUGUCAUCAAGAUCCCGAAAAUAAAGUUCACGAAGCUGUUUAUCAAUGGAGAGUUCGUGGACUCCGUCUCAGGGAAAACAUUUGAGACGAUUGAUCCACGAACGGGAGAAGUGAUAGCUCGAGUUGCACAAGGAGAUAAAGAAGAUGUCGAACUGGCCGUCAAGGCUGCAAGAGAAGCUUUCGACCAUGGAAGAUGGCCUCGCAUGCCUGGCUCCGAAAGAGGAAGGAUAAUGAUGAAAUUGGCAGACUUGAUAGAUGAAAAUAUAGAGGAAUUGGCUGCACUUGACACCAUUGAUGCAGGAAAGCUGUUUAGUAUGGGCAAGGCCAUGGACAUACCAGGAGUAUCAGGCCUUCUCCGUUAUUUUGCAGGGGCUGCGGAUAAAAUCCAUGGACAGACACUAAAAAUGGCAAAUGAGUAUCAAGCGUACACGUUGCUUGAGCCCAUUGGUGUUGUAGGGCACAUCACACCCUGGAACUUCCCAUCCACCAUCUUCUUCCUCAAAGUUGCCCCAGCCUUGACCGCUGGCUGCACCAUGAUAGUGAAGCCCGCUGAACAGACUCCACUUUCAGCUCUCUAUUAUGCACAUUUGGCUAAGCUGGCAGGAAUCCCAGAUGGAGUACUCAAUGUUGUAACCGGAUUUGGGCACACAGCUGGUGCUGCCAUUAGUUCUCACAUGGACGUUGACAAGAUUAGUUUUACAGGAUCCACAGAAGUUGGGCGGUUGAUUAUGCAGGCUGCAGCAACAAGCAAUUUGAAGGCCGUUUCACUUGAACUGGGUGGGAAAUCACCUCUCGUAAUCUUUGAUGAUGCUGAUGUUGACACUGCUGUUCAUCUCGCUCUGCUCGGCAUUUUGUAUAACAAGGGAGAAAUCUGUGUAGCGGGAUCCCGUGUAUAUGUUCAGGAAGGGAUUUAUGAUGAAUUUGUGAAGAAAGUAGCUGAAAGGGCAAAAACAUGGACAGUUGGCGACCCAUUUGAUCCUCAGAUUCUGCAAGGUCCCCAGGUUGAUAAGACCCAGUUUGAUAAAAUCCUUUCCUACAUUGAGCAUGGCAAGAAGGAGGGAGCCACCUUGUUGACUGGGGGUAAACGCCAUGGAGAGAAGGGAUACUAUAUAGAGCCCACAAUUUUUACAGAUGCUAAGGAAGGUAUGAAGAUAGUGGAUGAGGAAAUAUUUGGACCUGUGAUGUCUCUCAUGAAGUUCAAGACUGUUGAGGAAGCAAUUGAGAGAGCCAACAACACAAGAUAUGGCCUUGCAGCAGGAAUUGUGACCAAGGACUUGAACCUGGCUAACAGGGUGUCGAGAUCAAUUCGAGCUGGCACCAUUUGGAUCAACUGCUACUUUGCCUUUGACCCUGAUUGUCCUUUUGGAGGGUAUAAGAUGAGUGGGUUUGGAAGAGAUUUGGGAUUUCAAGGCCUCCAUAAGUAUCUCCAAGUGAAAUCUGUUGUAACUCCCCUUCAUAAUUCUCCCUGGCUCUAAAUUUAUACAUCUGUGAAUUAAACCAAAUAAAAAGAAACUAGUUGUGUUCAAAAUCAGUCCCAAUGUUACAAUAAAAUGUUGUUAAUCUCUCUU